AUGGUUCUUAAACCCGUUCUGGCUGAGGUAAUAUCCAAAAAUCUAGUCCUUGAUCCGAAGACACUUGGAAUAGGCCAAGGCAAGUUCAAGAAUUAUUUUGUCUGCGCGGAAGCUAAAUAUGCAGAGCACCCAAGGGAUAUGCAGGAAGGAGAGUGGUAG